AUGAGAAUUAUAUUAGUUUCAUUCCUUCUCUGCUACUACUUCAUAUAUAUCACUCAUGCCUCUACCAAAUGUCUUGAGGAUCAACAAUCAUUGUUGCAUCAAUUAAAAAACAAUCUCACAUUCAAUCCUGAAUAUUCCACCAAACUAAUAUUGUGGAAUCAAAGCACUGCUUGCUGCAAUUGGAGGGGUGUUACAUGUGACAUUGAGGGACAUGUUAUUGGCCUUGACCUUAGUGACGAAGAUAUCCAUGGUGGAUUUAACGAUUCAAGCAGUCUUUUCAGUUUGCAACACCUCCAGAAACUGAAUUUGGCUGAUAACUAUUUCAAUUCUUCCAUUCCAUCAGGAUUCAACAAGUUGGAGAAGUUGACAUAUCUGAAUUUGUCAUAUGCUAGCUUUGUGGGGCAAAUUCCUGUAGAGAUUUCUCAGCUCAAAAGGUUGGUUACUCUUGAUCUCUCUUCUCUUAGUUAUUUAACAGGACAAGGGCUGAAACUUGAAAACCCAAAUCUACAAAACCUUGUCCGAAAUUUUACCAGUAUUAGGCAGUUGUAUCUGGAUGGUGUAAUUAUAACAGCAAAAGGGCAUGAAUGGAGCAAUGCUUUGUUGCCGUUGCGUGGUCUAGAAGAACUGACCAUGUCUAACUGCAAUUUAACAGGACCCCUUGAUUCAUCUCUGUCAAGACUAAAGAAUUUAUCGAUCAUUAUUCUUGAUGGAAACAAUUUUUCUUCCCCGGUGCCUGAAACAUUUUCCAAUUUCAGAAAUUUGACAACCCUUAGUCUUGCAGCUUGUAGAUUGACUGAUACAUUUCCACAUAAGAUCUUCCAAAUUGGAACAUUGUCAUUUAUUGACUUAACAUUAAACAAAAAUCUCCAUAGUUCAUUUCCAGAAUUUCCAUUGAGUGUAUCUAUCCAUACCUUUAGGGCAGGUAACACAAUCUUCUCGGGAGCAAUUCCACACACAAUUAGUAACAUGAGGAACUUAUCUGAAUUGGAUCUUUCUAAUAGUACACUUAAUGGACCACUUCCCAAUUCACUCUCAAUCCUUACAGAACUUAGAUACAUAGAUUUGUCAUUUAACAGCUUCACAGGUCCAAUGCCAUCAUUUUGCAAGGCCAAAAGUCUUAUCCACCUAGACCUUUCUCAUAAUCAAUUAAGUGGUACAAUUCCAUCAUCUUCUCACUCUGAAAAACUACACCAUCUUGUCAGCAUUGACUUGAGUUAUAAUUUUAUAAUAGGGAGUAUUCCGUCAUCCCUUUUUACACUCGCGUUACUGCAAAAGAUUCAGCUUUCAUGCAACCGGUUUAGUAAAUUUGACGAAUUCAUAAAUGUGUCUUCCUCUGUAAUUAACACCCUUGAUUUAAGUAGAAAUAAUCUAGCAGGGUCUGUUCCAACAUCUAUCUUCCUGCUUCGUUCACUUUCUGUCCUCGAUCUUUCCUCUAACAGGUUGAAUGGGUCACUGCAUCUAGAUAAACUUUUGGAGCUUAGAAAUUUAACUGCACUAAACCUUUCAUAUAACAACAUAUCAAUCAAUGUAAGUGAUGCAAAUGUUGAUCAUACUUUCUUUCCCAAAUUUACACGUCUAGAAUUGGCAACCUGCAACUUGAAAACUUUCCCUAAUUUCUUGAUGAACCAAUCCAUGUUAUUCCAUCUAGACCUUUCAGCUAACCAAAUUCACGGAGUAGUGCCCAAUUGGAUUUGGACACUAAGUCUUGAACAGCUGAAUAUUUCUCACAAUUUUCUCACUGAAUUGGAAGGACCUCUAGAAAAUCUAGCUUCCUCAUAUUUAUACGUAGUUGAUCUUCAUAACAACCAACUACAAGGGCCAAUACCUUUUUUUUCUAAACAUGCUGCAUAUUUAGAUUACUCAAGGAAUAAAUUUAGCUCUACUAUCCCACAAGAUAUUGGUAAUUAUUUGUCUUCCACUUAUUUUCUCUCUCUUUCACAAAAUAAUUUACAGGGAAGCAUCCCCGAUUCCCUUUGUGAUGCUUUGCAACUUCUAGUGCUUGAUAUUUCCUACAACAACAUUUCUGGAACAAUUUCUCCAUGUUUAAUGACAAUGACUAAUACCCUCGAGGCAUUAAAUUUGAGAAAGAACAAUCUCACUGGCCUCAUACCAGAUAUGUUUCCAACUUCUUGUGGUAUAAGCACUUUGAACUUCCAUGGAAAUCUCUUACAUGGGCCAAUUCCAAAGUCUCUUUUCCAUUGCUCUUUAAUAAAAGUAUUGGACAUUGGAUCAAAUCAAAUUUUUGGUGGCUUUCCAUGCUUUUUGAAAAACAUACCAACACUUAGUGUUUUGGUUUUGCGGAACAACAUAUUGCAUGGUUCAAUAGAAUGUUCACAUUCACUCGAAAAUAAGCCUUGGAAAAUGAUUCAAAUUGUUGAUAUUGCUUUCAACAAUUUCAAUGGGAAGCUACCUGAAAAAUAUUUCACAUCAUGGGAAAGAAUGAAGCGUGAAGAAAAUGAUAAUGUAUCAGACUUUGUCCACACAGGGGAUUCAUUAUUAUCAUAUUACCAGGAUAGUGCGACAGUUUCCAAUAAAGGUCGACAAAUGGAGUUGGUUAAAAUUCUAACAAUAUUUACAACCAUUGACUUCUCAUCCAAUCAUUUUGAAGGACCAAUACCAGAUGUGCUAAUGGACUUCAAAGCAAUCCAUGUUCUCAACUUUUCAAACAAUGCUCUCUCUGGUGAAAUCCCAUCAACUAUUGGGAACCUGAAACAGUUGGAGUCCUUGGACCUCUCAAAUAACUCAUUGGUUGGUGAAAUUCCAGUGCAACUUGCAAGCAUGUCAUUCCUUUCUUAUUUGAACCUCUCCUUCAAUCAUUUAGUUGGGAUGAUCCCAACAGGUACCCAACUUCAGUCAUUUGAAGCAUCUUCAUUUGAAGGUAAUGAUGGACUAUAUGGUCCUCCAUUGACGGUAAGACUAGAUGGUAAAAGGCAUGACUUGCAUCCACAACCAGCAUGUGGAAGGCUUACUUGUUCAAUUGACUGGAAUUUUAUAAGUGUAGAACUGGGAUUUGUGUUUGGAUUCGGAAUAGUCAUUUGUCCCAUAAUGUUUUGGAAGCAAUGGAGGGUAAAUUAUUUGAAACUUGUGGACAAAAUUCUUUGCUGGAUCUUUUCAAGGAUGUAUCUUGAAUAUGUUACUGAUAGAGGACAAACAUACACAGUUUUAAGGUUGUGA